UUCGUUUCGCCUUAUCAAACUUCAACUCUGGUUCUUCGAUUGCCUUAUUUAAGAGUGGGAUUACAGAGGCCAACGACUUCCUUAUCGCAGCUACAAAACGCAUCUUUUAUCGUUCAAGCAUUAACUGACAGUGGUCGUUCAAGUUUACAUGGGUCUCAAUCGAGGGGAUCUUGUUGCAGGAAAGUUUAACAGAGUCCAGUGAUUUGACAACAGACAUGCUGCUCAAGGAACUCGCCGUUUUACUCGUAUGUGUAGCAAUCUGCAGGAGUUGUGAAGUAGGACAAACGAAGCAAGGAUGUUUAAUAAGGAAUUUGAUGUGUUCCUGCGGCAUUGGUUGUAUUUCAGAUUAUAGAUACGACACCAUACAGGAAUGUCAAAGCGCUCUAAGGGGCAAAAGACGUGAUAUAUGCAAGAAUCCCAACCCUUGCUUACACAACGGCACUUGCAUACAGAUAUCUCAACAGCCAGGGUAUAAAUGUAGAUGCGAAGGUACAGGAUAUUUCGGAGCGAGAUGUAGCAGAGUCUGUCCAAUUCCAGGUCAAGGAAGGUUAGGCACAAUCUACCCGUACGAAUGUAUUAUAAUAUAAUUCAAACGUCCUCUCCGAAUUUUAUUGGGAAAAGACGUCAAAUUUGUACAAAUAAAACAAUUUUUCUA